GAAGCUCAGAAAAAUGGGAUAGAAAAAAGGCGAGGGGGAUGACAGGACGAUGGGAAGAGUAUACAGGAGAGAAAGAUAAUAGAUGGAGAAAGAAAAUGCAUGAUCUCGACUUGAUGCAAGUGAGAUUGGAAGAAUUAGAAGAAAAGAUGAAGGAGCUAGAUUCGAUCUCAAGGGCACAAGGAACCUACCGCAUAUAUCAAGGAUGUGAAGAAUUCAUUGAAAAUGACGAAAUAUAUGGCUCGAAGAAUUUCUCGCAUGAUCUAUGUGGGUGGAAGUGA